AUGCUAGCUAAAGUUCUUAAAUUAUCUGCAGAUAUAAUUGCACCAUCUCUGACAACAAUCUUUAACCAAUCACUACAUACUGGCAUAUUUGUCAAUGACUGGAAAUUAGCACGUGUGCAACCGAUUUAUAAAUCUGAGGAUAGAAGCAAAUGUGAGAAUUACCGUCCAAUUUCUAUUCUCCCAGUUGUAAGUAAAAUUUUUGAAAAAGAAAUUUUUCAGCAAUUAUAUAGUUAUUUAUCUGCAAACUCACUAAUUUCAAAGUUUCAAUCUGGAUUUCGACCUAAACAUUCAUCUCUAACCUUACUUCUCCAGAUGUGCGAUGAAUGGCUAAAAAAUAUGGAUGAGGGUAAAAUAACUGGUCUUGUUUCUCUGGAUAUCAAGAAAGCAUUUGAUUCAAUUAAUUAA